UGACGGCAAAAGUGCUUCCGGGGUAGCAAAGGUCAGCCCGGCAACAUGGCGGCCCCCUUGGAGCUUAGUUGCUGGGGAGGUGGCUGGGGGCUCCCAUCGGUGCACAGCGAGUCUUUGGUGGUAAUGGCUUAUGCCAAGUUUUCUGGCGCACCCUUGAAAGUCAAUGUCAUAGAUAACACCUGGAGAGGUUCAAGAGGAGAUGUGCCAAUUUUGACAACUGAAGACAGUAUUGUUUCUCAGCCGGCAAAAAUAUUAAACUUUUUAAGAAAACAGAAAUACAACGCUGAUUAUGAACUCUCAGCAAAACAAGGGGCUGAUACACUAGCUUACAUUGCUCUCCUCGAAGAAAGGCUUCUUCCUGCAGCGCUUCACACAUUCUGGGUUGAGAGUGACAAUUACUUUACUGUGACAAAACCAUGGUUUGCUUCACAAAUACCUUUUCCCCUGAGUUUGAUCCUGCCUGGAAGAAUGUCUAAAGGAGCACUGAAUAGGAUUCUACUGACCAGAGGGGAGCCUCCCCUCUACCACCUUCAAGAAGUGGAAGCACAGAUAUACAGAGAUGCCAAGGAGUGCCUAAAUCUUCUGUCAAAGAGAUUGGGAACAUCCCAGUUUUUCUUUGGAGAUACGCCUUCUACCUUGGAUGCUUAUGUGUUUGGAUUUCUUGCACCUCUUUACAAAGUACGCUUUCCUAAAGUGCAGUUGCAAGAACAUUUGAAACAGCUUUCCAACCUGUGUCGCUUUUGUGAUGACAUCCUAAGCAGUUAUUUUAGGCUUAGCCUCGCAGGCAUCUCUCCUGCUGGACAAGAUACGGUAGACGCAAAUCUGCAGAAACUCACACAGCUUGUAAAUAAGGAAUCCAACUUGAUUGAAAAGAUGGAUGACAAUCUUCGCCGAAGUCCUCAGCUUCCUCCUCGGAAACUGCCAACACUCAAAUUGACUCCAGCGGAGGAAGAAAGUAAUUCCUUACAACGGGUAUCACCCUGACAGUCAUCAUACUUCGUGCCCAAGCUUUUGCCUUCAAGUCAUAUGAUUGUCACAGUGAUCUCUCAGACUGAGUGUGUUAAGGCAAAAGGAAAAUGCUGUUCAUAGGUAUAAGGAGGACUCUAAAACAACAGGAGUUUUCUGUGCCAUCUGUUUUUUUUUACUAGGAAGCUUGUACUUGUACUUGGCAAUGCAUUUUAAAUAACAUCAAAGUGAACACUUUGGGGGAAAAUACAUUGUACUGUAUGUGUAUAUAUGUAUAUAUGUAUGUGUUAAGGGCGGGGGAGAAAAACCUGCCUUAAUCUUGGCAGAUUUUUACCUUUGGUUCACACAUCACUGACCAAAACCUGCUGUUCUUUUCUGAAUGUGCAGUCUUAUUUAUUCAAGUUAAUUUAUUCAAUUUAUUAAUUUUGUUUUCCUAGAUGAGUCUGAGUAAUAUGUGGCUAUUUGGCUGAGAUUUUUUUCUUUUGUUAGAAAUCUGAUGCUUACUUUAGGAACUAGUAAAAUAUUCAUCACUUCAAUAGAAAAGCCUGUUCUUAACUUGAAAAAACGGCAAUGAGGAAUGUGCUUUUUAAUAAUGCUCUUGUAAAUCUAACCUUUUUGGGGUUUAGUACCACAUAUAUAAAUAUUAAUGGUGGUUAUGUAUAAUAUUUAUCUGACUAUAUGCACUUCAAUUUAAUGUUAAUAUUUGCUUACGUGUCCAAUAUAGGUUAGCAGUGGCUUUUAGUUUAUUGGGCAAAGGUGCCAGCUUUAGACCUAUGUAUUUGUACUACAUAUUUAAGUCUCGUUAUCUCUUUCUUGGAUUGAUUCCAGGAGAACUGAAUGUGUUGGUUGUCAUUGUUAUGCCAGGCUAUAAAGUCUUAAUGAAACCUGCCCACAGCCACUAUUCAGAAGGAACCCGCAGCCAGAGCAACAGAAGUACAUACUGUGCACUGGAUCCUAGUUCACCACCAUCUUGGCUCAGAUCAGUAUUCUUUUUAUAAGAAGCAGAGGGACAUUAACCUGUAAGCAAGGUACACAUGAGCUUAAUUAUGCUUGCUUACUAAUCUGUAGUACACAAUUUCACAUGGGUUUCACCACGUUGAAACCCACGUGAAAUUGUACACUACAGAUUAGUAAGUAAACACAAUUAAGCCUGUGGGUACCUUGCUUAUUUGGUUAUCUGUCCCUGAUAAGAAGCAUUAUCAGGUAGUCAAAAGUUUUAUGACAACCAAUCAUUUUCCAUAUAUUUUAACUACAGUUCAGGGGUUCAAAGGAAUAAUUUAAACAGUGUAGACUUUUAAGAGUAUUUUCUAUUUAUUGGUUGCUGAAAUGUUAAAGGAUUUGCUGUGUUGGUAAUUUUACUUAUAAUAGAAACUUGCUUAGUGGCUGAGGUGCUUCUGUUGUCCCAAAACCACUUCUGGGUUUUUAAAUAGGGCCAUGUUUUCGAUUAGUGUCUUAAAAGAUUACUAUGGUGCUUAGCAAAUCUUAUCAAGUCCUGCAGAAAUUCACAUGUUGAGAAAACAAGCUUUGUAGUUAAGAGACUCAUCUCAUUUGAGCUGAGUGGAGCUCAGCUGUGUUUGACCCUCACCCUCCCAAUUUAUUCUGAACUUAGGUAGCUAUUUACGCAGAAGUUUUUAGGUCAUUGUAGAUAUUUUUUCUUGAAAGUUUUGAGUAAAUGAGCACUGAGGUAGUCUUAAAUCUUGUUCAUCUGUGUGGAUGCUUUUGGAGAAAGUACCUAAUGAGUUUCACAUUAUUUCUAUAACAAGCUAAGUGUGUGUGUGUGUUUUGUGUUAAUCUUUAAAGUCAGGUUAUUAAAGAGUCUAACAGUCUGAAAUCUGGAUGAAUAUUUUAUACUGACAGUCAUGACCGUGGGACUUUACUGUCCUCUAGGUUGAUGUAUAUGGGAGAAGGGUGGGUAGUACCUUAAUCAGACAUCUGUUUAUGCUUUAGUCAGGGUUAGUCAUUUUCAAUUAUAUUAAACCUUCCAGAAAGCAUUUGAAAUGGCUUAAAAUUUUUAAACACAUGAAAAUAGGACAAUUAAAGUUAAUUUUUGGGGAAAAAAAAAUUAGGAGAAAGAGAUAUACCAAUAAAAUUGAAUGAUAAAUUUAACUCCAGAGUUCUCCAUGGGCAGGGUCAAAAGAUAAUACUGGCUUAUGUAAGUUUUUUCUUUCAAUAAAACUACUGAUGUCCAUGAGUAAGAAAAAUGUGUUUACAUUUUUACAAGAUGUGGAAGAUUAUGUUCUUAAAAUGCACAGAUGUGAUCCCAAGAACUAUAAUGUUUAAUGCCUUGAAAAUUUUUAUCAAAAGAGGUCAUUUUAGAAUAAUUCUCUGUUCUUUUUAGACAACUAAAAAAAGAGGACAACUAGAUUUAUUUGAUUUUUUGGUUAUUGCUGCUUUGAAUUGCCAGUUGGAAUUGACUGAACGGCAGCAGGUUUGUUUGUUUUUGGUUUUAGCAUUACGAUAUAUGGUAGUCCAUGAUGCUUCCAAACCCCCUUUCCUAAGUUGCAAAGUGUGAUUUUGAUGACGGAGAAUUUGUAUGUUGGGUAUUUAGGUGAGCUUUUCUGAUAAAGCAAAUGAGAUGUUAGGAAGCUAUACCCAGUGCUGUCAUAGUGACCCCAUAGGACGAGUAGAACUGCCCCACAGAGUUUCCAAGGCUGUUAAUCUUUAUGGAAGCAGACUGCUACAUUUUUCUCCUGCAGAACAACUGGUAGCUUUGAACCUCUGACCUCUCAGUUAGCAGCUGAGUGCUUAACCACUGCACCACCAGGGCUCCCUAGAAAACUAUAGUGAGCACAAAACAUUUCAGGGACCAGCCACACAUAAUAGGAAGCUAUUGGAAAGGAACAGAUUUUCAGAGUGGGCUGAGGGCUUGUGAUCAUCUACGAAGAUAAGUUUGCUGGGGUAACUGGCCUACAGUCUGAAACAAGAUAGUGUAAGCUGCUUUCUUUUGAAGGUGAUAAUAGAGGAUAAGAUAAAAGGGAAUAUGUGUUUAUAUUUGUUGGUAGUAUAGGAUUAGGAGAAUUGGUCAGAUAUUUCUCAUAGGAUGCCGAUCUUUCAUCUACAGCUAUCCUUAAUUAUGACCAUUCAAAUAAAAAAAACUAAAGAACAUUGAGGGUGAUCAUUCCUCAAACCUUUUUUCUCCUACAGUAGGUUGGAGAAAUGAGUCACAUUUCAACUUAGAUGUAUUGUUAUUCUUUUGGGGGUAUCUGAGGGUUGGUAUUUUACAUUAAAUCCAAAAGCAAGCUUGUUGAUUUCCGUUUAUAAUUUCUAUUUAGCAUUGCUGGAUAUAUUAACAAGGAGCCCUGGUGGCACAGUGGUUAAGUGCUCAGCUACUAACCAAAAUGUUGAUGCUUCGAACCCACCAGCUGCCCUGUAGGAUAAAGAUGUGACAGUCUGCUUCCAUAAAGAUUUACAGCCUUGGAGAUCCUAUGGGGCAGUUCUACUCUGUCCUGUAAGAUUGCUAUAAGUUGGAAUUGACUUGAUGGCCCACAGCAUAUAUAGUAGCUUAUUUCAUUCAGAGUUGAGUUACGAUUUUCAGAAGCCUGCAAAAGUGGUAAAAACUAAACAUCAAAAAAGAGGCAGAAAUUGGUAACAGUAAUGGCAUCUCAGAAAACCAAUUUGUUUAGGUAGCUUCCUAUGAUGAUAGUGGUAUUUGAAUUUAGUGGUAUUUCCUUUAGAGCCGCCUCCAACCUCAGCUAUUAAAUUUUUGACAGUGUUUCAUAAACUCAAAUAUUUUAACCCUUUAAAACCAAAAGAUAAAUGCUUAAAUGUAUAGCCAGGAAGUUGAGUGGGUACAUGGGAUCUCUUUGCACUAUUUUUGCAACUUCCUGUGAGUCUGUAAUUAUUUUAAAAUAAAUUCCUUUUUAAAAAGUAAAUUCAAUAAAAUCGGCUUGUAAUUAUCUACAUAAAUUAUGAUUUAAAAUUUAACAUUCCAAGCACAGUUUUUGAAAUAUAAAAUAAAUAUAAUUUCAUUCUUGAAUUUAAAGGCGGGGGGAACCCUCAGGUUUAUCACAAAUGCUUAUCUCAAGAUCUUUGCCUUAUCAAAAAAGAAAAACAGCUUAAAACGAAGAACUCUUUCCCUACAGGAUAUCGAACAUUGUAAGGUUUUACGUUUCGGAUUGUAUUUCUUUUUUCCCAGUUGUACGUGUGUUUAUUUUUGAGGAUGAAAUACUUUUGAAACAGUUUUCUCUGCAUGUGAUAAUCCUCUGCCUUGUGCUUGUUUUCUGUCUAGAUGUACAGUGUGGUGAGAUGUUCACUGGGAACAGGCUUUAAUGAAGAAGGUGGACAUGUCUGUGGGCUUUUUGAUUUAAGCUCAGAGGGAUUUAAUAAUGGAUUUUGUCAUAGUAUGCUUAUAUUAAUUAUUGAAAUCUUGAGCAGGGCCUUAACUGUGAGAACGUAUGUGUAUACUUCCGCAGGUAACCUUUCUUUGCUGGUGCGCACCAAGAAGGAUGAGGAACACUUAACAACAGUAUAAUUUAGGCCACGAUGGUAAUCUUUUGUAUGUGUUCUUGGCAUUAAGAAUUAAUUUUUGCCUUUUUUCUUGUUCAGCUCUGUGUAAUUUACUUUUUUUUUCAAUGCUUUUAUGUUUCUUAAACAGGCUAUUAAGAAAUUUGUUGUUACAUGAAACCAAAGGUCAAUAAUCCGUUAUUCUCAAAGGUUUACUUGAAGUUUCAUUAGAUUUUCAAAAUGCUGAUUUUCACAGAGAUGUAAGGAUGGAGUUUUUUAUGUUUUGUUUUAAGGCUUUGCAAAAUAAUUUAACCCAAAACUCCUGUCAGGAUAAAGUGUUUGCCUAGGGCCCAGGCUGUCUGCCCCGGACUGAACGCUAUUGUGAUGGAGGUGAAGUAUUCCAGCAGUUACAAAGGGCACAGAAAUUAUUUGUUCUAGUUGUGUAUGCCCUAGAUUACUCAUGAGAAUUAACAUUCCUGAACAAUGACAUAAGAAAACCGAAAGGGUAUCUUAGAGUUGGAGGUUUGUGAGGAGAGAGAGGACUGUUGUAAUGCAAGAGACUUCAAAGCAAAAGAAACCACUUUUCAAAAAAAAAAAAAAAAAGGGAAGGGAGAAAAACAAGUCUUCUU